CCGCUCUCUAACAGCCUAUCACAACAAGUGUUGGACACUUAACAGUAGGCUAUCUCACGUCUGAACCUAAAAAAGCAAAUCCCUCAACUCCACCGGUGGGAGGAGGAUGAGGAGAAAGAGGAGGGGGAGUCAGAUAGCGACCAGAUUAGAUUUGUUUCCAAACGCGCACCGAUGGCGGUGUGAGGCGUUUGGAUGAGGAGGACGCUGCUUUGGAUUGGUGAUCGGGUUUUUUGCGCAUCUUUCUCCCUCAUCUUGGGUUGAACAAAGACAAAAGCCAUGGAUUACUCUCUUUGCAUGUUGGUUCUAUUGACGACUCUUUCUUCUGUUUCGCCCGGACAAUUCCCAACAUCCCAGAUCAUAAAAGACUGGGUGUUCCAGAUUCAAAAAGACUUGAUCACAUUAACAGACAAAGCCAGUGGACUGGAGGACCUAAUAAAGAUAUAUCAUAAACACAAAACCCACUUCAGCGUGGAAUCCAACGACGCAAGAAAGCUGGUGGCAACGGCUGCAGGAAACAUAGAUAAACUGCUAGCUAAUCGGUCCGAAGCCCUAAAGAGACUUGCAACUGAGGCCGAAAAAUUUCAAAAGGAACAUGAGUGGACAGUCGACGGUGAGGCUAACGAACUCAAGUACUACAAUGCCAAAGAUGGCGUAAAUAAGACCGCAUUGAAAGAAAAAGAAAAAGAUAAAGAUAAAGAAGAGGACAAGAGCAACAGGUUCAUUCCAGAGGACUUUGAAAUAGACCCCGACUUCAAACGUCUCGUCUCUUACAACACCACUGCCGUCCACAUCCCCACUGACAUAUACGAAGGCUCCACCAUCAUUUUGAAUGAGCUGAACUGGACAGACGAGUUGGAGGAUGUUUUCCGACAAAACAAAGAGGAUGAUCCCUCACUGCUCUGGCAGGUUUUUGGCUCCGCUACUGGACUGGCUCGGUAUUACCCAGCUUCCCCCUGGAACGACAAGAGAAGUUCACCUGACAAAAUUGACCUGUAUGACGUACGCAGGCGACCUUGGUACAUUCAGGGGGCGGCGUCACCCAAGGACAUGCUGAUCCUAGUGGAUGCGAGUGGAAGCGUAUCAGGCCUCACCCUGAAACUGAUCAAAACCUCAGUCAGCUGGAUGCUGGAGACCCUCUCCGAUGAUGACUUCGUAAACGUGGUGUCUUUCAACAAAACCGCCAGGCCUGCAGCAUGCUUUCAGAACCUGGUGCAGGCCAAUGUGAGGAACAAAAGGGUCCUGAAGGAGGCAGUGCACAGACUCAAAGCCGAGGGCAUCACCAACUACACAAGUGGCUUUGAACUCGCCUUUGAACAGCUUGCACAGACCAAUGUGUCGAGGGCCGACUGCAACAAGAUUAUAAUGCUGUUCACUGAUGGAGGAGAGGAGAGGGCUGAGGAAAUCUUUCAAAAAUACAACCCAAAGCAAGAGGUGCGCAUCUUUACUUUCUCCGUAGGCCAGCACAGCUACGACAAAGGCCCAAUACAGUGGAUGGCCUGCAAUAAUAAAGGUUAUUACUAUGAGAUUCCAUCUAUUGGGGCCAUUCGGCUGAACACUCAGGAGUACUUGGACGUUUUGGGUCGGCCAAUGGUCAAAGCUGACAGCGGGCCCAAGAGAGGCCGAAAGGCCAGUAAGCAAGUCCAGUGGACAAAUGUCUACCUAGAUGCACUGGAGCUGGGUCUUGUAAUCACCGGAACACUGCCCGUCUUCAACAAGACUGACACAGGCUCAAAGAAGUCACAAAACCAGCUCAUCCUGGGAGUUAUGGCUAUUGAUGUCUCCUUAGAAGAUAUCAAGAGACUUACGCCUCGGUUCACAUUUGGCCCAAAUGGCUACUACUUUGCUAUUGAUCCAAAUGGGUAUGUGUUGCUCCACCCUAAUCUUCAACCGCUGACUGCCAAGUUUGAUGAACCUGUAACACUCGACUUUCUGGAUGCAGAGUUGGAGAAUGACAUCAAAGUGGAGAUGAGAAAUAAAAUGAUUGAUGGGAAAACGGGAAACUACACAAUAUCUACACUGGUGAAAUCUCAAGAUGAGCGCUACAUUGACGAAGGUGAGAGGACCUACACCUUCGCUCCUGUGAAGGGAACAGACUACAGCCUGGCCCUGGUCCUGCCAAACUACAGCAUGCACUACAUCCGUGCAACCAUAGGCGACACAAUUACCCAGGCAAAAUCAUUUUUGGGGAAAGAUGUUUCUGAGAGCCUGCUUUCAGACAAGUUUGAUGAGUAUGGGUAUACAUUUAUUGCACCAAGGAUGUACUGCAAAGACUUGAAGCCGCCUGACAAGGAAACGAACAACACAGAGUACCUGAUGGACUUCAACAAUUAUAUUGACACAAAGACUCCAAACAACCCUAUGUGUAAUGUGGAGCUUGUAAACCGGCUUCUCCUUGAUGCCGGCAUCACCUCUGAUCUGAUCAAGAUCUGGAAACGGAAUGAGUUGCAGCAGGGUGUUAUUGCCAGAUUUGUUGCGACUGAUGGAGGAAUCACUCGCGUCUUCCCCAAAAGUGCCGGGCUGGACUGGAAAGAAGACGCAGAGACCUACGAAUCAAGUUUUUACAAGCGAAGUUUAGACAAUGACGUGUACAUCUUUACUCCAACUCGCUGCACCGAAAGUGAUAACGAUGUCCUCGUGAGCCGAGCAGUAAACCUCGAAAUUAACAACAUUACACUCAAGCCAGCAGUUGUGGGUGUGAAGUUGGACAUCGAUUCAUGGAUGGAGAGCUUCAUCAACAUCACUUACAGGAUGAAUUGCAAGGAUGAAAUCUGUGGUUGUAAGAAAGGUGAUCAGUAUAUAGACUGUGUCGUUCUGGAUGAUGGCGGAUUCAUGGUGAUGUCCAAUCAAGAGGACUAUGUUAAUCAGAUUGGCUGUUUCUUUGGUAUCAUCGACCCUGACCUCAUGAGAACUCUGGUCAACUCGUCACUGUUCACCGCCAAGAGCACCUACGACUACCAGUCUCUCUGUGAGCCCAAGAGAGAGAGCAAAGCGGCUGCAGGCCUGCGAUCCAUUUAUGUGCCCACAAUAGCAGAUAUAUUGAAUUUGGGAUGGUGGGCGACAGCUGCAGCCUGGUCAAUUGUGCAACAGUUGCUGGUCAGCAUCACAUUACCAAAUGUUCUGGAUGCAGCUGAAACGGACGAUCAAGUGUCGGAUGCAAUGUCUAAAGAGGUGUGCAUCACAGAGCAAACGCAGUACUUCUUUGAGAACGAUGAGACAUCAUUUGGAGGCUUAUUUGAGUGUGCAAACUCCACCAGGCAAUACCUAGCUGAAAAGGUGCCAAAUACAAACCUGGUCUUAAUCAUUAGUGACAGACAACAAGGCAACAGCCAGUCGUGUGGAUUGGGGCCAUUAGUACAGGAUGAAAAGCAGUCUGCUGGGCCAGAUCCUUGUGAAAUGGCUCUCAGUCCUCGCUACAGGAAAGGCCCAAUAGUUUGCUUUGAUAAAACUGAGCAUGAGGAGGACCCAGACUGUGGUGGGGUGUCCAGCCUGACCCCCUCACUUUGGCUGAUGGUGGUCAUUCAGGUGGUGUUGCUCUGGGCUGUGACUGAUUCCAGGCACUAUGCCAUCCCAUCAUGACCUCAGAAAAACAUGAUCUAGCCCUUUACGUUCACUCCCUCCAGAUCAACAACAUGGCUACCAGCAUCCGGAGCUGCCACCCAAAGCAAACAGCCGCUCGGAACAAAAAAAUAACUAAAAAUAAAUAAGUUAAAAGAAGAAGAGACUGAAUUUCUUUUGUUUUCAGAGUGUCCUCAAAGUGUCUUCAUUUGGGUGAUGUGGACGAAAAUAUCUGUCGGAGGACAAAGGGUAAAGUGAUUGGACUUCAACUAUGGCUCAUUUCUUCAGCUGAGAAAUGAAGAGAUUCAUCGUGAUCACCGACUUUUCAACAAAAUCUGUUUGUCUCUGAAAGAGAUUGUUUUAAGCAUUGGUUCAGUGGCAUAACAGUUGGCAUACAUCAUGAGUGGAGUGGCUUGACUAUUAAAGAUGCGGAGUAAUUUUUCCACCACUACCAGGAAGAAUAUUACCCUUAGCCAAAAUAAACAUUAAGAAAUGACUUGCAGUGCUUAGUUUUUUUUUUUCUGAUUUUCAACUUUCUACAGUAGAAGCAAAGUCCUACUUUUUUUUUUUAUUGUCCUAGAGAUACUUUAAGAGAAUACCAAAUUUCUGCGAUGUCUCUUACAGUCUGAUGUUCUUUCGCUGGUAUAACCAAUCUCCCGAGCGGAAACCAUAUCCUUAGCUACGUUUAUUCACAGAAGCCUGGAAUCGUUUAUUCUUCUCCUGCCACAGAGCGCUUGUUUAUGGGUGAUGAGUUUUAACGUUCGAGUUAAUUUUUGAAAUUAGCUCUGGAGUUAUGUGUUUGAAUUUUCUGCCUCGAUUUUUGUUUUGUUUUAGGAUUGUUCCAGGGUAAUCUUUGUUGCCAUAGCGCACAUUAACCAAUCAGGAGAUGUCCGGCUUGUGUCCUCUGUGGCUCAGUGGACAAAAUGUCUAGUGCCAUGUGGACUGUGUGACUUAAACAAACCCUCUGUAGACUGUAGCUGCUAAAUGGAGUGUACUGUUGAAUAUAUUGACUUAUUUAUUGGUUAUUUGAGUGAAGUGUCUGUACAGGGUUCAUGCAUUAAAGAAUCUGAAUGAGGGGUAAGUAAUAUUUUCUGUGGUCAUAAGGGGUGCAUUUAUAUUUUUUUUGCUGUCACUGUAUAAUUUUUCUGUCUGCAUUGACAUUCAAGUGCAUGUUGGUCUCUUCAAUUAUUUUAUAGCCCUGUUUCCAAAACUGAUCCCUCCCUGGAAACUCAAAGGAGGACAGAAAAAAAGAAGUUUUAGAUUGUUUUUCUUUUUUUAAUGUUUGAAAGUUGCAAAUGUUUCUUAGCGGUAGCAAGAGUUCUGCAUUCAGAAAUAGAGCAACACUUCCAACUGUCCAGAAAGUGUUUUCCCUUUUUUUUUUAAGAAAGGCAAAGCAAGUUCACAUUGAUUAUAAACAUAGCUACUGCUUAAUAAACCAUGAUUUCAUUUACGUUUGUCAGGAGUUUAGCAAUUGGUCCAUUUAAUAGAUUAAAUUGAGUAUUCUAAUGAUUUGCUUAUUGUUGCAGUUUUUUAGUUGCAUGCUGUUCCUGUUUCUUUAAAUUUCAUUAGUACAUCAGCAUUCUUAAUUCUUUCGACUGCUCCUUUCAUUUUUUUUCUUUUUUUUUUCAAAAACGAGCUGCUGCUGUUGAGGAAAUUGUAGUUUUUUGUGCCUUGUCCUUACAUUUGUUAUAUGCCCCGUUAAUAUACUUGUACGCCUCAAACUUUUAACAAUUAUCACAUUACAGCCACAAAAGUCAAUGUUUGUUGUACAUUUAUGUUUAUUCGUCGCCCGCGAGUCAGUGCUUUGUUGAAGCUCCUUUUGCUGCAAUUACACCCGAAUAGAGAAUUCCCACCCAGUCUCAAGUCUUUUGGUCUCUAGCAGGUUUCACUUCCUGGACUCAUUCUUUUAACACCAUCCAACUUCACACUAAGUCUAACCAACUUCCAUGUCUUUAGUAAAGAAAUAUCCUUACAGCAUGGUGGGCUCAGAUUGAAGUGCUACUUUUUUACAAAGGUGGAUUACAUUUAUUAAUUCUGAGGUCUGAAAGCCUGGGGUUGCUUUGGUUUUCACCUACAGAUAUUGCAUUAAUGUUCUGAAUACUUAUGCUGAUACAUUUAGUUUUAUGAGUACACGUUUUGUUUCUGCUUCCUUCCACCUCAUCUAUACACUGCUUUACAGUGGCACGUCAAAAUAAAUUCACAAUUAGAUACAGUGCAAAUCACAAACAUCCACGUGACAAAAUGUGGCAAAAUUCAAGGCUUAUGAAUAUAUUUUCCAGACAUUUAGUAUAUGCAAAGUACAACUAUAUAUUUAAAAAAAAAAAAAGUUUGAUUGAGGUCACUGUAAAAGUAAACAGAAGCAUGAUCUUAUUUUUUAGAAGAAUUUAUUAAUUUCAUGAAUGCACUGAUUGGUCAGAACACUGCUUCCAAGCAAAACAAUUUGCCAGCUUCUUGAGUGAAAACAAAUCAAGUGUCGGCCUUUGAGAGCCACUUUGGAAAUCUGGGCUUCCCACAAGUCUAAGCGUGUCAGAAAUGAUUUGAUUUUGGUUGCUAAUUUAUGUAUUUGUAAUGUCAGGAGGACUUGUGGAAUAUACCCCAAACAGGCUGGAAGUCUUGCAUAUUAACCAAGCUCUAAAUUCUUCACAUGAAAGCGUUCUUUAAAAAAAAAACAACUUUAUUUGAUACUUUAUCCUUUUCUUGCAGUUUGAGAAUCAGGAAUUUGUUGAUCUCGCUGCGACACUGAUACUUGGCUAAAAAGGUAGCGCAAGCCAGUCAGAUGUAAGAUGAUCCACCAUCAUGUACUCUUUAGUGGCUGAUGAUGCAUAAAAAAUAACCGACGCUGCCAGUGUGGUUACAUUUGGAAAUGAUCCCUCCUGUUGACAUUUUACAUCAGAUAUUCUGUUAGAAACUGAAUCUGCUUACAUUAUAAGAUAUCCACUCUGGAAAAAUAAAAAAAGUUUGUCAUGCGCUUGAAACAAAACCAGGGUAUUUGUCUGCAAGUAUAAGUGUAUGUUCAGAUGCAUGCGUGCAGUAAUAAUUUUUAUGUGCUGAUCAAAAAAUAUAUAUAUAAAUUGACAAUUUGCUUUGUUUGAUUUUUAACCAUGAACAUGUUUUGAUUUUCAGUUAAUCACUUCAUAAGCAAGGAUUUCAUUUCUGUGUGACAAACAUUUGUUGGUGGCAGACGAGUGAGUUUUUGGCAUUAUCCUAAAACCAAAACUCGUGUAAUCAUUCACUCUGCAGGCUGUUUUGCAUUUUCUGUAACUUUAGACUUCUAACAACAACAAUGUGGUUACAAUUGUAUCUAUUCACCUCUUUAACCAUCAGAAAGUGCCAUAUAGCUGAACUUGUAUUCUCUUGCGGAGAACCUAUUAUGAUAUAGCAUUUAUGCAAUGUUACUGAGGCACGACUGAAGUAUCUGAAAUUAUAUCCCUGUGCUGCAUGGAGAUGGCUGAUAAAAUCCGGUGUGCUUCUGCUUUUUAAAAAUGUGUAGCCUUGGAAAGCAUUAUAUUGUUGUCGAGCAUUUAUCCACUGUAUAACAAGGUAUGAUCAGCUAAUACUGCCCUCCUGUUGAGGAGACAGCAUUUGGCUUUACUGCAUACAAAAAAAUCCUGACUGAUGUUUAGAUGCACUGUUCAAUCAAACUGACUGAUGCCUUCCAUGAUUUAUACACCAUACCAGUGCUUUAGCCCAUUUUCUACAGAUUGGAAAUUGAGCAAUUGUUUCUCAGCUGUCUUUAGAUAUAAAAUAGUAGCUGUCUAAAGGUUUUCCUAUGAUUUAUUUCUUAAACUUGGCGCUGAUGGGUUUCCUUCCUUUGUUGACAAAAACUUCAUUAUACCAUAUGACUACCUUUUAGCAUCACUAUGAAGUUGAAAGUUCUGGUAAUUGCAUAUAUAGAAGCACCAUUUCAGUGGUAACUGAAAUAGUUACCACUGAAUGUAAACAAGCCAGAGCAUGUUUACAUGCUCUGGCUUGUUAGCCAUUAGCUAACAUGCUAAUCUAACAUGUUAAUCUGCACUGGAGAACAUGCUUAAUUAUUCAUGCUUAUUUACUCCACAGUAAAUUAUUUGUAUAGAGUUACAUUUUCUACCCAAUGAGUAACAAAUCUUUUUUAGAGAUAUUGGAAUGCUUUAUAUUUAGAAUAAAUAUACCUCUUAUUAAAGAUUAAUGAUAUGAUCCAUAUUCACAGUUUUUGCAGAUAAAAAUCCCCUUUUUUGAUUUUCUUAAGUAUCCUGGCUUUACAUACAGCUGUCUAUUAAAGACUACCUCCUUUCUACCAAAGACGUCAUAGUGCCAGUACCAGUGUGUACUCAGUCUUGGCUUAAAGUGUAUUUGUAAUCAGCCUGAAUAUCAUAUAGACUGAAAGUUUUGCGGUUUAUCGUGUAAAUCUGCUCUUAUCUGUCCCAUUGCCCAUGCCAUUAAUACACCAAAUGACACUACAAGCUUUCUAGUGUUAAGUGUAAAUCCCACAAAUUGACUAAGAGUAGGCAAAGAAACAUUGCAGACUACAGAAGUCUCUUGACAGGAUUUACUUUAUCCUCAAAAAUUUAAUUUUCAAGUUAAGUGUAGUGUAGAUAUUUGCUGAUAAGAGUCUUAACUUUAUGUAAUUAAACUUGCACACAGUUUAAUUAAGCCCUGAUUUUUAGUGCAUUAAAGUGACACUGCAUGUCAUCCCUAUUAGCCUACAUGUAUUGAUUAGUGCUGUGAUUGUGUCCAAAUGAAAUUACUCCCUACGUUCUGGACAAUUCAGUUUCCUCUGUUUCCUUUGACAUGAUGAGAUAUGUUUCUGAGGAGAACCUCUUAAUUCUCUAAGUCUAUCUCUACAGUUUUCAAUAAACUAUCGCUCCUGCAUGCUGAGUAGUUUGCUGAAAUGUUAAAUUAAUGUUAACAUGUUUUUUUUUUAAUGUUUUGAUAUGACUAACCUAUCAAAACAUUCAAGUGCUGUUGUAGUUAAUCAUCGUGUGCAGAUAGAAUUACAAAAGCUUGCUCUCCUGCUUGGAGCCUUUCUUUGAACAUUUAAAAAAAACAAAAACCAAUGACUCGUGUUUUUACUGCUCUCUGUAAAAGCGUUUUCUGAGGAGCAGCAUCUGACACAGACAGACUGGAAGCUGCAUAAAAUAGUCUUUCACUAUGAACAUUAUGAUAAAGGCUUAAAAUUUACAUUUCAUGGUGAAAGUAAAAUUUAGCUUCCACAAAAUAGCUUGUGCAAAUUACAAUACAUUUAGCAAGCCACGCACAAAAAUAUGCUAGAAUUUUAAAGAAUUGCACAAAGUUGAGCUACACCACUAACUUAAAAUUGAAACAAGUAUCAGGAGUUUAGACAGAAACUCUGUUAUGGAUCAUUUAAUGUCUUAAUCAGACCCUCCUAUGACAAAGUAUCAUUAGAACGCUAAGUUUGACCUUGACGUGUUUUUGACAUUCAUCUUAUUCCCAACUACCAUGAAACCACAGGUUCUUGUCAACUUGCCUCCAAAACUCUUCCAUAUAUUUGAGACCAUUUUUGAUUACCAGUAAAUACAAUCCAAACAAAUUCUAUAUAAAAAAAAAUUGUCAAUUUAUAUUCUUCCAUGUAGAAAUGAUUUUAAAAAAAGACUCGUAUUAAGUACAUUUAAAACAAAGUACAUACAAGGUGUAGGUACUGGGCUAAAAAUGCUGGCAUGGUCUGUUAAGUCAUUUUUGGCAGAAAAACAAUGUAUUUAUUAAAUUAGUUUAGCUAAAAUCAGAUGCUGUCACCUCAGGAACAAUAUAAACUCAGUGUGGUAUAAAAUGUAUCUGAUUCUGUUGGUGCUCUCUAUACAGAUCAUGUGGGUUUGCCUUUUUCCUACUGGAAUUUUGAUGAUUGCUUUGUUUAUGAGUUUAGGUUUUUUUUUUAUCUAUGUCUAUUGUGCCAUUUUAUUCUUAGAGAAUAUUUUUGAUGGAUGGAGCCAUCAAGUCGCUCCCUGUGUGACUCAGAUUUGGCACUCUUGGUGGACAGAGUCUCCCCCAACAGUAUUUGCGUUGUGGAGGUUGAUUGUUUCGAAAAAGAACAUGUAAAUCAAAUCGGGGGGGGGGGAAUGAACAAAUUGAACAUCCCAGGAGAGAAAAGUUGAUGUCAAAUGAGGUAUAUUCAUAAUAAAAUUUUGCCUUUACCCUGUU